UGAAAUGAGCUAUAAAAAAAAGCAGUUAGACAAUUCAUUAUUGUUUCUGGUGAGUACUUUUUUGUUGUUGUUGACGAAAAUAUCUAAUUAUCAUUUUACUAUUAACCAAGUAUUGAUGAAGGAGUUUGAGAACGCGGUCAAUAAUAGUUAUAUUAUGUUACUAUGUCAUUUAGUUUAGUUAACGCUCGCGUAACUCGUCGAUGAAACCAUGGAGAACAUCUUCAACGAGGAGGGGAACAUCUUCAACGAGGAGGGGAACAUCUUCACCGAGGAGGGGAACAUCUUCAACGAGGAGGGGAACAUCUUCACCGAGGAGGGGAACAUCUUCACCGAGGAGGGGAACAUCUUCAACGAGGAGGGGAACAUCUUCACCGAGGAGGGGAACCCCGCGAUGCCGCCAUGGAGAGCCGGCGUUUACCUUCUGCGGAACGCGUUCGCGGUCUUAUGCCUAACGGCUGAGGUCCUGGGUGUCGCCUUGGGCUGUUUCAUUAAGUUCCGCAUCCAGCUGACCCAACAAGACCAAUUCUUAAUCGUCUUUCCAGUCGAGGUCCUCCAGCGGUUGAUUGAUUCCAUUUGCCUUCUUCUCAUUUUUACAAGUGUGAUAACCAGUUUCUCUGGACUGAGCGGUGGACCUUCAGUGAAAGUGUUCCGACGUGUUUCGGCGUACGUUGUCUCCACCACUCUGCUGUCGAUGGCUUUGGGUCUGGUUCUGGUUCUGACCAUCAAGCCUGGACUGGAUGCCGCUGGUCAAGAUGACGCAGAGGAGUCCUCUCUUCUCACUGCCGUCCUGGAUAUCGCAUGGAACAUUUCCCCAGCCAACCUGUUUGCGGCAUGCUACCAACAGGACAAGACUGAGUGGGUUGAGCUGGAGAUUGAACCAGGUGACCAUCGCUUCAGUCUGGACAAGAAUGUGUCGCAGGUGGAAAUGGAGCGCCAACUCGUGGAAAGCACCAACGACUUGGGCCUGGUCAUCUGGGCCUUUGCUUUCGGCGCGGCGCUCACGAAGAUGGGAACGUGCGGCCAAAUCUUGAUGAACGACAUCGCCGCGUACAACAACUUCUCAAAGAAAUUUCUCCAGCUAGUUCUGAGAUGCUUCCCAGUAGUGGUUGUCUUCAAGGUCGCCAGCAUCAUCAUUGAGGUCGACGACUGGGAAUUAGCGUUUAAACUCACAAAGUUCAUCGGCGUAGUGGUUUUGGGGCUCGUGAUCCACGGAGCAUUCGUGUUACCCCUGAUUUACUUCCUGUGCGUGAGACGUAACCCCUACGCCUUCAUCAAGGGGAUCUUCCCCGCCUUGAAGACGGCGUUCACCCUCUCGUCCAGCUCCGCCGCACUGCCGCUCUCUCUCCAGUGUUGUGAGGAGCGACUCCGGGUGGACAGGACAGUCAGUCGGUUCAUGCUGCCGAUCGAGACCGACAUCAACAAGCACGGAACCGUACUUUACGAAGUGGUCGCUGUCAUCUUCGUGGCCCAGCUGAACCACGUCGAUCUGAACCUGAAGGAUUGGGUCACCAUCGCCCUGACAGCAGCGGCGUGCAGCUUCACAGCAGCGGGGAUGCCGUCCAGAGGAGCCGCGACCACUUUCUCUGUGCUAACCGUGCUGGGGUUACCUGCAAAGGAAACCUCCCUCCUCGUGGUGAUCGAGUAUUUCCUAGACCGCUGCAACACCGUCAUCAACGUCUUGGGCGACUGCAUCGGCGUGACUCUCGUUGACCGGGCGUCAAAAAGAGACCUGGAAGUCCUCGAGGAGCUGGGACAGAAAAUGGAAAGGUGGAACGACAGUGAUGCUGAAGCCCGGACUCCAGAUGAGAUCCUGGUCCACAUCUCUCGUGAUAACACCAUCAGCACCCCCCCACAGCUCCGCCGGGACCAGGACCAGAACCAAGAGGACUCUGGUCCUGUGUUCCUGUUCAGCCCACCAGAAUCUUGGUCGGACCAAAGCAGCAAUGCCGACACCAGCAGCAGUUUCCGCGUUGCUCUGCGUCGCCGCGCUCCGGUCAUGGCCGACGUGCACGCGGGUCCGUUGUCUCUGAUCGGUCUGGAGGACGAGCUGACGUGCAGCAUCUGCCUGAGUCCCUUCGACUGCCCGGUGACCAUCCCCUGCGGACACAACUUCUGCCAGGGCUGCCUGCUCGCCGCCUGGAAGGACUCGUACAGCUGUCCUCAGUGUCGGACCCACUUCGCCACCAGACCGGAGCUGAAGAAGAACACGGUGCUCAGCAGCGUGGUGCAGAGCUUCACCCUGAGGAAGAGCGAGGAGGAUGACGUCAUCGUACGUUGUGACUCGUGCAUGGAAGCGGAAGCGUCGCAGACCUGCCUCACCUGCAUGGCCUCUUACUGCGAGGAGCACCUGCGGCCUCACCGGGACAACCCCGCCUUUCGGCUCCACCAGCUGAGCCGGCCCCUCGGCGACCUGUCGGAGCGGAUCUGCCCGGACCACCACAAGCUGAUGGAGCUUUUCUGCAGCCAGCACAGCCGUCCGAUCUGCAGCCUCUGCCUCCAGCAGGUGCACAAGGGCUGCCCCUUCAUAUCCCCCGAGGAGAGGAGGAACCUGACAGAGAACACGGCUCCCUUCAUGUGAGCUGAUGGGCGGACAGCAGCAUCACCAAUGCAGCAUCGCCACCAAUGUAGCAUCACCACCAAUGCAGCAUCAUCGUCAAUGCAGCAUCGACAAUGCAGCAUCACCACCAAUGCAGCAUCACCAAUGUAGCAUCACCACCAAUGCAGCAUCGCCACCAAUCCAGCAUCGCCACCAAUGCAGCAUCACCAAUGCAGCAUCACCAGAGCAGCAUCACCAAUGCAGCAUCACCAAUGCAGCAUCACCAUAGCAGAAUCACCAAUGCAGCAUCACCACCAAUGCAGCAUCACCAAUGCAGUAUCACCAAUGCAGUAUCACCAAUGCAGCAUCAUCACCAAUGCAGCAUCGCCAAUGUAGCAUCACCACCAAUGCAGCAUCGCCACCAAUCCAGCAUCGCCAACAAUGCAGCAUCACGAAUGCAGCAUCGCCACCAAUGCAGCAUCCUCACCAGAGCAGCAUCACCACAAAUGCAGCAUCACCACCAAUGCAGCAUCACCACCAAUGCAGCAUCACCAAUUCAGCAUCACCAGAGCAGCAUCACCAAUGCAGCACCACCACAAAUGCAGCAUCACCAAUGCAGCAUCACCACCAAUGCAGCAUCACCAAUGCAUCACCAAUGCAGCAUCACCACCAAUGCAGCAUCACCAUAGCAGCAUCACCACAAAUGCAGCAUCACCAAUACAGCAUCACCAAUGUAUCACCAAUGCAGCAUCACCAUAGCAGCAUCACCACCAAUGCAGCAUCACCAAUGCAGCAUCACCACGAAUGCAGCAUCACCAAUGCAUAACCAAUGCAGCAUCACCACCAAUGCAGCAUCAGCAUAGCAGCAUCACCACCAAUGCAGCAUCACCACGAAUGCAGCAUCACCAAUACAGCAUCACCACCAAUGCAGCAUUACCAAUGCAGCAUUACAGUUAUAUAUACAGUAUACAUGUAUAUAUACGUGUUUUUUUUAAUAUUAAUAUUUAUUUAUAUAUACAUAUAUAUAAUUAUAUAUAUAUAUAUGUGUAUAUUU